AUGAGACAAGCCGGCGAUGCGACGAACAAGGAGGACGCGGUCGAAGCGCUUGACUCGCUCCUCCUCAUGGACGAACAGGNNGAUCAAAGCGACAUAGGUUCAGCAAAGGACUGGCCGGCCACGCUGCAGUCGCUUGCGCCCUUCAUUUUCACCCUCUCACACCCGGCUGCCAUCUUCUGGGGCGACAAGCUUGCCAUGCUUUACAAUGAAGCCUGGGAAGCAACCUCACACAGCGCCUUGAAGCAAGGCAGACCGCCGAACGAUGCUUUCGAUAAGGACACGAUAGAUACGCUCCGCGAAUACAUGGAAGGUCACAUACCUCGACCUAUCGCCGCAUCCGAACUGGCCGAAGACCAUAUGACCACUACUGGAAAGUCUCCUGUCGUGUGCAGUCCUAUACACGACAACACCAAGAUCGCAGGCGUCCUGGUACAAAUCUUCAGCAAGACACAUCUCAGCAACAAUGACGCCAAAGAGAAGGCGUCAAAGGAGGAGGAGCACCAGAAAAAUUCAACCAAAGAUGACAUGAACGGUCUUGUGAAUCAUGAGGAGACUGCCCUGGACCGUCAACCUUUCUUUCAAAAGUUUGCAGAGAUGCUGCCAACCGGCCUUGCCAUCCUUAACCACAAAGCGGACCCGCUGUUCGUCAACCACCAAUUCCACAACCUGACUGCACACCGUGGCCCAAACCAGUCAUUCAGAAUGUGGCCCGAGACCAUCCAUCCAGACGACUAUGAGCGAGUCAUGAACGAAUACCACAAGGCCUUUGAUUCACAGACGGAUCUGGAAACAGAGUUCAGGGCUUUUGGUGAGAACCAGUGGCGGCUGUUCUUGAUGCGACCACUCGGAAAGAACAAUCUCCAACAAUUCGAUCUGCGACAAUUUGGUGGAUACAUAUGUGCUCUGAUCGAUGUCUCCGAUAUGAAGAAUGCCGAGCUAGCUCAAACCAGAGUUGCCAAAGAAGCCCGCGAAAGAAAGCAGCAGCAAGAACGCUUCAUCGAUAUGAUUUCUCAUGAGAUCAGAAACCCACUCUCAGCUGUCCUGCACUGCGCUGAGAACAUCAUGGAUGCUGUAAAAGACGGCGAAGCAAAGUCUGACAAUAUUGCUGUCGACGAAAUUGUUGAUGCUGUCCACACCAUUCAACUCUGUGUAGAUCACCAAGUAAGUCUUGUGCUCAACAAUAACUCACCACUGUCGGCUAACUCGACUUGUAGANAAACUCUCGUAGACGAUGUGCUCAGCUUUUCGAAACUCGACGCCUCAAUGCUCUCGCUUGCUCCGAGAGCCACGAAACCAAAAAUCCAGAUGGCAGACACACUCAAGAUCUUCCAACCAGAACUACGCAAGCGAAAGGUCGAGUUUAGCUACAACAUCAAACCUGAAUAUGACAACUGCAACGUAGAUUGGGUCAUGGCAGAUCUUGUAAGAGUCAGUCAAGUGAUCGUCAACCUCAUGACAAACGCCAUCAAGUUCACGACAAAGUCUGAGCGCAAGAAGAAGAUUGACAUUGAAGUCGCUGCUUCAAUAGAGCGACCGGCAUCAUAUCCACCUAAUGUCGUCUUCUUCAAGACGGACGAUGUCGGUCUCAAAACUGACGCAACCGGCAACCCUGAGUGGGGCGAUGGAGAACCCCUCUAUAUCAUGGUUGCAGUGAAGGACACCGGGAUUGGCAUAAGUCAAGAGAACCAAGCAAAACUGUUCGAACGGUUCCAACAAGCUACGCCAAAGACGGGACAGAUGUAUGGUGGAUCUGGUCUCGGCCUCAACAUUUCCCGUAAAAUGUGCCAAUUGCAUGGUGGAGAGAUUGGUGUCAGCUCGGUUGAAGGCGAAGGGUCAACCUUCGGCUUCUUCUUCAGAGUGAGACGAGGUGGUGAACCCGAAGAUGCUGAUAAGCUAGAGCCGAAGGAGCUAUCGGAGAGACUCAAGAAAUCCGGGCAUGGCGAGAUGGAAAAGGUCGACGAGGACAAGGUGUCCAAAGACUUGAAGAACAUCUCCCAAGAAAACACUGGAAAGAACAUCGAGAACCCGCCAAAAGACAGUUGGGAACACACAGUCGAUACGGCAGAGCGGAUGGGCGAAAAUCACAACGACAGCAAAUCAGCAGGCGAUCAAGACGAAGUAUCACAUUCUAGGGCCGAAGACGAUGAAUCUCAACGGCAACAGAAGAGACCGGCCAAUGCAGGACGAAGUUCACAACGACCUGAUCCGACGUUUGAGAAGCGGAAAUCGGGUCAUUUCGAAGAUAACAACAAGCAAGCUACUCAAAACCCUGAGCACGAAAGAAAAUCUGCAAAGAAAUAUGAGAAAUCCGGUGAUUCAAUCAAACAGAUCUCAAAUCCUCACAGCGACACAAGGCCAACGAUACUUUUCGUCGAGGUACGUACCUCCACUCCAUCGCUACAUCGAUUACUUACAUGGUUGUGCAGGNAUAAUCUAAUAAACCAGAAACUGCUGAAAAAGAAGAUUGAAUCUAAAGGCUUCCAAGUCACGACUGCAGAUAACGGCAAGGAGGCUGUGGAAAUGAUCACAGCCCGCUCUUCCGAAAACAAACCUCCCUUCGACUGCGUACUCAUGGACCAGGAAAUGCCCGUCAUGGACGGCAAAACUGCUUCUCGAGAAAUCAGAAAGUUUGAAGGCGACAAUAAUCUGCCGGCUGUCAACAUCAUCGGUGUGACGGCUAACGUGAGACAAGAACAACAGAGCGAAAUGACAGAGGCUGGAAUGAACGAUGUCAUUGCUAAGCCAUUCAAGAUGGAGGAGUUGCUCGAGAAGGUCAGAAGAGGGAACAAGCAGGCAUGA